CGUUUGCCCUCAACUGUGGUGUGUGCGCGUAUAAACUUAUGCGUGACGAUAUAUUAUAAUAAUAAUAAAAUAUCAAGAUUCGCAUAAUACAAUAAUAAUAAUAUAAUUGAGUAAAUUAUAAUAUUAUUAUUGUAAAAUAACGAGUGACAACGCCGUAGUGUUGUGUGCGUCGCAUCUAUACGUAUAUUAUAAUAAUACCAUCGUCGUACGAGACACACUACUAGGCGGCGGGCGUUAACUUUAUAAUAUAUAAUAAUAUAGUAAAUAAUAAUAAUAAUAUUGUUUUUUUACGCGGUACACGUCGUCGCACAGUGCAAGCUCACCGGCUGACGACGACGAUGGCCAUCGUCACGGAGCGCGCACUGGCCGCCGGGUCAUCAUCGUCAUCAUCAUCAUCCGUACGCGUACAAUAGUUGACCGAAAAAAGAAAUCGUCCGACGUCGCCGUCACCGCUGCCGCCGCCGCCGCGUCGCGCGCGCCUGCUGCCACCGCCGUCGACGCCGCCGCCGCCGUAGCCGCUGCUGUUGCUGCUGUGGCCGUCGCAGCAGUAGUAGUACACACGGACGAAUCCAUCACGGUGCCCCGCGAUUAUGCGGCCUGCUAGCGACGGACGAUACGUGUGAACCUUAAAUUGAUAAAAAAAAGAGGAGAGGAAAUCGGCCGGAUAAAAAAAAAAUUAAACUCGUUACGCGUUUAAUGGUACACGCGGUGUGACGGUGACCCGUGGACGCGACACACAAGGCAGAAACGACGACCGGGAACGUGUCGAAGACGACGAGCGUCGAACAACCAGCACCAGCAGUACCGGCGUAGCACCACAUCAUCGUGGCGAACGAGGAUCGCGUCAGUCCAACAAUGUCGAACAACAGCCAGAAGCUGCCGACCACCGAGCGGGUUAUAAAAAGCGUACCGUUUCCGCCGGGCCGAAAGUUGACCACUGCCGAAAUAUGGGACUCGAGGACAAACAAACCUCGACCAGACAUAUUGAAACAGCACUUCAUACUCGAGGGUCGGAUAGACGAAGCGGCCGCGUUGCGCAUCGUCAACGAAGGGGCAACGCUACUCAGAUCCGAAAAAACCAUGAUAGACAUCGAAGCUCCUGUUACCGUUUGUGGCGAUAUUCACGGUCAGUUUUACGAUCUAAUGAAGUUAUUUGAAGUCGGUGGUCCGCCUGCGACAACAAAAUACCUAUUUCUGGGUGACUACGUGGACAGAGGGUAUUUCAGUAUAGAGUGUGUGCUUUACUUGUGGGCUUUGAAGUUGUGCCAUCCCACUACGUUAUUUCUAUUAAGAGGAAACCACGAAUGUAGACAUCUAACCGAAUACUUCACGUUUAAACAAGAAUGUAAAAUAAAAUAUUCUGAGCGAGUUUACGACGCAUGUAUGGAGGCAUUUGAUUGUCUACCGCUCGCUGCGCUCAUGAAUCAACAAUUCCUUUGUGUUCACGGUGGACUCUCGCCAGAAAUACAUAAUCUGGACGACAUCAGAAGGUUGGACCGAUUCAAAGAGCCUCCAGCUUUUGGUCCGAUGUGUGAUCUUCUUUGGUCAGAUCCUCUAGAAGAUUUCGGCAGCGAAAAGAACGCUGAACAUUUCAGUCACAAUAGCGUUAGAGGCUGUUCAUAUUUUUACAGUUAUGCAGCAUGCUGUGAUUUUCUCCAGAGCAACAAUUUACUAUCCAUCAUAAGAGCACACGAAGCUCAAGACGCAGGAUACCGAAUGUAUAGAAAAAGUCAAACGACCGGUUUUCCAUCUUUAAUCACGAUAUUCUCUGCUCCCAACUACUUAGAUGUAUACAAUAACAAAGCUGCCGUUUUAAAAUAUGAAAAUAAUGUUAUGAACAUCAGACAAUUCAACUGUUCGCCACACCCUUACUGGUUGCCAAACUUCAUGGAUGUGUUUACUUGGUCUUUGCCGUUUGUCGGCGAAAAAGUUACCGAGAUGUUAGUGAAUCUGUUGAAUAUUUGUUCGGACGAUGAAUUAAUGACCGAAGGCGAAGAUACACUCGAAGACGCUGAUGCCAUUGUUGUUAAACCGAUAGUUCCGAAAAUGCCCGUUAAUGCAGCUAAUUUGAGAAAAGAAGUCAUCAGAAAUAAAAUAAGAGCAAUUGGAAAAAUGGCAAGAGUCUUCUCGGUUUUGAGGGAAGAAAGUGAAAGUGUAUUGCAGUUGAAGGGUUUAACACCAACUGGUGCUCUCCCUCUCGGAGCACUGUCUGGUGGCAAGACAUCAUUAAAAAAUGCACUGCAAGGUUUCUCGCCUAACCAUAAGAUUACUUCAUUUGCUGAAGCAAAAGGUCUUGAUGCAAUUAAUGAAAGAAUGCCUCCACGCAAAGACACACCACCAUCCAACCAGUGCUCGCCAUCUAACAUAGCUACGUCAUCAACUACACCUGCAGUGACACCUGUAACGGAAGAGAAAUUGCCAUCCCCAUCAACUACUCAGAAACCAACAUCAUCGGAACAACCAUUACCAAAUACCACUCAUUCAUGAUUGCCAUACGUUUAGAUUUCAGAUUACCUAGCUAUACCAGGAUCUAUGUGCUGUUAUCUCCUUACUACAGUCUACAGUUUAUUCAAUUUAACAACUACUACAAUUAUUAUAAUAAUUUAUCAUAUUCAUUUCAAUGGUACAUUUUUAAUUAAAAUAUUUGGCACCUUAAAAAAAAAAAGUUCCUGGGGACAAUUAUGUCAAUAUAAAUAAUAUAUAUAAUAUAAUUUUCUUUUUUUUUUUUGUAAAUUAUUGUCUUAUAUUUCUACGAUUUUAAUUUGCUGUUUUUGUUGUUAUUUUGUUUAUUUUUGUAUGGUUAUUUCAAAUCUUAAACCUCAGUUUAAAAUAAGAAUGGUCAGGUAUCUAUUGGACUAUACUUGUGCAUCGCUUGUUUUAUCAAUAUCUAAGGCAUAAUAUCUUUUGCUAUACGAUCUCUUCAUUUUACUGUACACUUUUUUCAUAAUGUCAAAAUAUCAUUUAAUUAUGAGUAUUUCAUAUUAAUUAUUAUUAACUAUAAUAAUUAUUUAAAUUUUCCCAUUUAAUUUUUUUACCUCAAUAUAAAUCGAAGAUAUUUUUGACAUAUAUCACAUUAUCAUUCUAUUACGUAUCAAUUGCAAUGUGCAGUAAAAUGUGAUGCGUCACAUUAGCCUAUGUAUUAUGCUAAAUAUUUCGCCAUUAAUUUUGUCAAAUCUAAAAACCAAAAAAA